AUGCCUAGAAAGAAGUCAGCAGCAAAGAAGGCAAAGGAAGCUGCAGCGGCAGCUGCAACUUCAACCACAGGGACGGCUACCACAGGAUUGAAAAGCAAUGAUUCCAUAGCAUUGACUACUAGUGGCACCACCCACCCAGCAAGAGAAAAGCUCAUCCAGGAAUCCCAAAAACAAAAUUUUAAAGACGAUAAUUUGGAAAAUUUCUCUUCUUCUUCUUCUUCGGAUGAGGAAGAAGACGAGUAUGGAGAUCUUAUUACUGAAGAUGUUGAACAAGGAAUCAAUCAAGUUAUGGAAAUCAUCAAGAAAAAUCCAUCAAAGCUCUUGGAUCCAUCGGUCAAGUUUUUUGAUGAUCCAGAGACCGCUGCCGAUAAAGCUAAUGUAGCUGGUGGUAAGUCUCUGGAAAAGCCAAUGUACUUGAAAGACUACCACCGUCAGAUGUUGCUUGAUGGGUCUUAUAAAGAAUUCGACGAGGGUGAAACUGUUGAUGGAGUUAAAUCUUUUGCAGCCGAGCAAAAAGAGGAGAGGGAAAAAUUGUUGAGUGAUAUCAAAUCAGCAUUCAAUGAAGCUAACGAAGAUGGCGCUGAUGACGGCGAUGAUGAUGAUGAAGAUGAUGACGGGUUCUUGAAGAAAAAAGAUGCAAACAAAACAUCAACUUUAACAUCAUUAGAAGAGAGUGGCGAAGCUGCUUCUACUGCGGGACCAAGGCAAUUGCCAGACCCCGAGAAGGACCAACAAGGUUUUCUUUCAGCAUUUCUUGACCAGAAAGCAUGGAUUCCUACAAAAGGUGAUAAAGUGUUGAACUUGGACCAAAUUGACAAAGACGACGAAGAGGAAUUCGAUGAUGCAGCUGAGCAAUUCGAAACUGCUUACAACUUCAGAUAUGAAGACCCCAACUCAACUGAGAUUAUUUCUUACGCGAGAAACCAAGCUUCAUUGAGGCGAUCAAAGACCAAUGCGAGAAAGAGAGCCAGAGAUAAAGAGCACGAAGAGAAGAGGAAAGAAGAAGAAAAGAAAGAAGAGUUAUUGAAGAAGAAAAAGACUGCGAAAUUGAACAAGGUCAUUGAUAGAUUAGCUAAAAUUAAAGAAGCAGUAGGCGAGGAAGUUCCAGAUGAAGUGAUUCAACGUGUGUUUGGCGAGUCUUUGUUGAACGAUGAUUUUGAUGAUGCCGAUUGGGAUAACAAGAUGGCGCAAAUUUUUGAUGAACAAUACUAUGGAGCCGAAGUUGAGAAACCACAAUGGGAUGAUGAGAUCAUGGACGGCUUUAAACCAGAAGGUGGUGCAGAUAAUGAUGAUGAAGAAGAAGAAGAAGAAGACGACAAUGAAGAAAAACAAGGAGUAGAAAAAGGAGGGGAACGAGACGGUAAAGAUGAGCAGUUUGAUUCAAUUGAAUUUGUUGAGGAUGGAGAGCCACCAAGAAAGAAGUCAAAGAAAGAACAACUCAAGGAGAAGAAAUUGGCCAAGAAGGAGAAAGAAGCAUUGAAACUCAAAGCACAAGAAAUAAUCGAUGCAAAUACUCUCAAGAUAAAAGAGGAGAUUGAAGAAGAGGCGCAACAGCAAGAACAACUGAGAGGAAGAAGUCGAAAUAAACUGGCUGAUGUUAAAUUCAAGUAUAGAGAGGUUUCUCCUGAAACAUUUGGAUUAACAACACGAGAUAUCUUGCUUGCUGAUGAUACCCAGUUGAACAGCUAUAUCGGAAUCAAGAAGUUUGCACCAUAUAGACCUAAAGAGUUGCGAAUGAAGGAUAAGAGGAAAUAUGCAAAGAAGAAACAUUUGCAAGAAUGGAGAAAAGAAACAUUUAAAGGUUUGCAUAUUCCAGAAGAAGCAAAGGACGGUGAGAUUUGGAUUCCUGGCGAAGCUGAAAGUAAACAUAAGAGCAAAACUAAGAGUAAAGACAAGAGUAAAACAAAUAGCAAAAAAAGUCACAAAUAA